GUCGGCGAUCUAGCAUAAUAUAUAGAAGUCUGUGGUUUAUUCUGCUUGAUUCUUGUUCUUGUUCUUGAUUUAUCUGACGAUUUGCGACAAGAAAGGAUAUUGUCAGAUCUUGUCAAUUUAUAGCAGUUGAUUUCAAUUAGAGUAAUCAGCACAUUGAUAUUUGAUCGAUAUCCAUUGGGUAUAUCCGAUAUAUUCUGAAGAUGAGCUUAAGAAUAUAUAAGAAAUGUUAUACCAUCGAGAUGUCAUAUGAAUGUUCUCUGGUAUAUUAGGCAAUAAAUAAUAUUCAUAAAAGAUUCAAAAUGUCUCUCUAUCCCACACUGGAAGAUAUGAAAGUAGAUCAUUUGAUGAAGGCUCAAAUGCAAACUGAAUCACAAUAUGCUUCGACUGAACUUGCACUUCCCUCAGCUCCUUCGACACCGACCUAUAUUCCUUCAGCACCCACUAUGUUGUAUCCAUCUCUAGGAGAUUACAUGGGUCUCGAGCUGAAUGAAGAAAUCAUUGCGCAAAAUAUGCCCGAAUAUGCGCUUGCCACACGUCAAAAUGCUGAUGUGGCAUUUAAUUCAUCAAAUAUAACGUGUGGUCCAUUAACAGGAAUGAUUGCUCCUUUAUCAGGACAAUUAAUAACUUUACAAAAAGCUCAUGUGACAAAUGGUAUCAGAGAGUUGACAUUAUGUAAAGAUGCUGAUGGAAAAGUUGGUGUUAGAGUACAUGCGAUAAAUAAUGGAAUCUUUGUAUGCCUUGUAAGUCAAAAUUCUCCGGCAGCAAUGGCUGGAUUACGUUUCGGUGAUCAAAUUUUGAGCAUUAACGACGUAUGUGUUGCUGGAUAUUCAAUGGAUCAAGUGCAUAAGCUUUUCCGUAAUGCAAAUGUCAAUGGGAUUAAAGUAGUAGUACGCGAUAGACCAUUUGAGCGUACAGUAACAAUGCAUAAAGAUAGUAUGGGUUACAUCGGAUUUCAAUUUAAAAAUGGAAAAAUAAUCGCUCUAGUGAAAGAUUCUUCAGCCGCGCGAAAUGGACUUUUGACCGAUCAUCAAGUACUCGAGAUCAAUGGAAAGAACGUAGUUGGAAUGAAAGAUAAAGAGGUCACAGCAGAAAUUGAGAAAGGUGGAGAUAUCAUCACAGUGACGAUAAUUCCAUCAUAUAUUUACGAUCACAUGGUGAAAAAAAUGUCUAAUAAUUUGUUGAAGAAUUUUAUGGAUCAUUCUGCGCUGGAUCUUUAAACAUGGAAAUAAAACCAUCAAUUUCUUGUAUGCCAUAGCCAAUCACCAAUGAGUAUAUGCAUUCUUUGUAGCUUCAGUAAAAAAAAAAAUGAGUAUGCUGCAUAUCGUACAUAUUUACAAGAUGCCAAUCGUAUUUCUCGUAUAGUAAGCAUAUAUGUGAUAUCCGUUCAGAAAUAACCUAUUUCGUGUCAAAAUCUAUAUGACGCUAAGUGGCUUAAAAUUACAAGAAGAUAUUUAUCAGAGAUUAUUUUUUUAUACAUCAAUGUUUGCAAAAAAA